AUGAAGUUUUGGGGGACGUUCGCCGCUCUUUGCCUCCUGGCGUUCGUCUCCGCGUUGGAUGUGGCAAUUAUCACGACGGCCCUUCCAACCAUAACCGAUGACAUUGGCGGUGCCACCCAAUUCAUCUGGAUAGCGAACUCGUUUGUCCUUGCCUCAUCUGUACUACAACCGCUGAUGGGACAGCUCGCAAACGCUCUCGGCCGUCGCAUCCCCCUGGUCUGGUCAACCGCUCUUUUCAUCUUGGGUAGCGGCAUCGCUGGAGGCGCACGCAAUCCCCCCAUGCUAAUCAGUGGCCGCACUGUCCAGGGCAUCGGCGCAGGAGGAAUUUACGUGCUCUUGGACAUCGUAUGCUGCGAUCUCGUCCCCCUUCGCGAGCGUGUUUCGCUCUUGCUUGGUCUCGUAACCGGCGGAGUCCAACACCCCUGGUCAUCCUGGCGGGUUAUCGUCCCUCUAGUCCUCGGCACCCUGGGCUGGAUGGGAUUCCACGUCCAACAAGCCUUCACUAAACAUCCCGGCGUCCCCAACCGACUGUUUAGCAACCGUACCUCGGCCAUCGGGUUUGCCUUAACCUUCCUCUCCUCCAUUCUGGUCCAAGCAACGUCCUAUUUUCUCCCGAUUUACUUCCAAGCCGUCAGGAGCACCACCGUCCUCCGAUCAGGAAUCAACUUCCUCCCCUUUGCCAUCGGAACGCUCUUUUUCGCCGCGGCUGCAGGCGCCCUUCUCAGCAAGUUGGGAGUCUAUAGGCCCAUCCACGCGACUGCUUUCGGAUUCUCGUCUAUAAGUUUCGGGUUAUUCACUCUUCUAAAUGAGAGUACGAGCAAGGUUGCUUGGGUCUUCUAUCAGCUCAUCGGUAGUGCAGGAGCCGGUAUGGUCUUGUCGACGUUGCUCCCUGCCAUAAUGGCCGCGUUGUCGGAGGCCGACGUGGCAUCGGCGUCGGCCACGUAUAGCUUCAUUCGCACGUUCGGGUAUAUCUGGGGUGUGACUAUUCCGUCAAUCGUGUUCAACGGCGUCUGGAAGGGAGAGCUGGCACGAGGCCGGGUUCCAGCGAAGUGGCUGAGGGAGGAGCUGAGAGAGGGAGGGGCGUAUGCGUUUGCCAGCCAGGCUCAUUCACUCAAGUGUGAUGUCGAGGGUAAUAUUUGGAGCGAGAUUGUCACUGUUUAUAUCCGUAGUCUGAAGGCGAUUUGGUGGAUUGGACUAGGGAUCAGCUUAUUUGGGUUUUGUUUGGUCUGGGUUGCAAAGGAAUUGGAAUUGAGGACGGAGCUAGACACGGAGUAUGGGUUCCAAGAGAAGAGAUCCAAAGAAGGAGAGGGUGAAAGUUCUGAUAUUUGA